AUGCUCAAGCUGUGCAUCCUCGCCGUCCUGCUGGCCGCCGUUUCCGUCGCGCCUGCACCUGCGCCGGGAGCUCUCCUGGCCGUUCCGGCGCCGAUCGUCACCGCCAGCAGUAGCCAAUACGUCGCCAGAAAUUACAACACCCUCGCCGCGGCUCCGCUCGUUGCCGCUCCGUUCGCUCCACUUGCAGCGGCGGCACCGAUUGCAGCGGCACCCUUGGCUUACAACACGCACGCCGUCGCGCCCGCCGCGUACUCCGCCGCCUAUUCGCCGUCUAUUCUACUUUUGGAGCGCAAAAUUCACGUACCACGUCGUAUUUUGGAGUAUUAUCGUACUGACUACAAGCCAGACGGACACACAAGCUACAACAUGUUCAAGCUGCUCUGCUUCUUCGCCUUCCUGGCACUCGCCACGGCCGCGCCCGCACCUGCCCCCGCUCCGGGCGCGAUCAUCGGCGCCCCGCUGGUCACAUCCUAUAGCGCGCCUAUUGUCUCCGCGCCAUUGGCCUACAGCGCCUACAGCCUGCCGACUUACAGCGCGUAUUCGGCGUACUCAGCUUUGCCGUACGCGUACAAGAGCUAUGCGGCUUACAUCGCUUAAGAAGUGAUCGCCACACUGGGACCAGAGACCGCAUCAUCAGAACCAUCCAGGACCACCAGCAUAUCCAGUCGAUCGAUCCAGCAUGCAGCGCGCGCGAGAUCUCUCCUACCGAAAGCCGGUAUCAUCGGAUGCUUGUCUCGCGUCUCAUCCCUCUUUCAUUCUCCCAUCUCCUCUCCGUAUUCAUCUCCGGCCCUUUUCGUCCGUUCAAAUAAUCCGCAUUCGCAUUCAUGUGACUCAGGAUUAAUAAAACCGCUUAAAAGCAGUUCCGUUCUUUUUACUCGAUCCAUCACCUUGAUUCACUUUGGCUA